AUGGCACGUCCAAAAAAGUCCUUAAACAUUGGUAAGCACGUUCUACUAAGGAUGGAGACCAGAGUUUGUCAGAUAUUUUCAACGAUUUUGCAAGUGGAGAAUUUGAUGGUACAGGAGUUGCAAUAGAUGAGAAAUAUCAAACGGUUCAAGUAAGUGACUGACUAUGUACUAAAUCUCGUUGUUUUUAUAAACAUGAAUAUAGCACAACAUUCAAGUGCAUGUAUUUUAUAAAUAUAUAUUAGAAAUGACUUCAUUUUUUAAUACAUAAUGAAAAUAUUAACAUAUUUAAAAUAUUUUCCGCUUUUAAAUAUUUUAAUAUAUGCAUAUAGACAGAAUUUUAAUAUCGUCAAAAACGUGUCAAAAAUAUUAUCAUUUUAAUAUAAUGAUAAUAGUAUAUCAACAUUUAUAUCUCUUCAUAUUAAAUUAAUAUUAAAGGCAAAUAUAUUAAAGGUGUGUGUAAUUUUGGUCAUUCCAUGAUAUAUAAAUUAUUAAAUACAUAUACACAUGCAUCAUUAUUAAUAGACACUCAUUCAUAUUAAAUUUCCUCAUUUGCUUAUCACUAGGAGUGUACAAUGCUUUGCUUAGACUAGCUGAUAAUCUGAGGAAAUAUGCCAACUACCUGGAUGAACAAUUGGCAGCAACUGAAACGUCUCAAGCUAGGAAAGUUCCUCGCACAGAUGUUGAUGAAUGGCAGGUGUAUCAAGCAAUGAACAUUACACCUACAAAGAGAGCUAAAUAUCAAAGCCUGCACCAAGCACUCCAAAAUGCAGAUUCCUACGAAGCCAUUUUUAUUAACGACUUUGCUCCAGCCGAUAGGAGAAGGAGAUUUGAAUACAUGACUGGCCUGGUCUUCCCUAUCAAGUGUAUUAGAUACUCUUAUACAGCAUUGCACAACCAUCUCCAUUUCGUGUGGAAGCUAGAAGUAGCUGACAAUGAAAGUGUUCGACAGCAGAAAAACGAUCAGACCAAAGACAAAUUGAAAUCACAAUUUCCUGUCUACCAUAGUAGGGCUAUGAAGAGAGACUUCCUUUCUUGCUUUGGAAAAGUAACUGGAGUUAAGAGUGCAUUCCUUCGUAAAGCAUACCGCCGAUUAACUGGGGAUUCUGCGGCUGCACGGAACUUGUCCGAGAAGGAAGUUGACAGUCGGAUACAAGAGGUACUGGAUCACGAGGAUCCUGACAUCUUGUGGGACUUGAGAGUAAACAACACUGGACGACCGGAAGACUAUCCACUUUUCCUGCAGAAGUGCCAGGAUUAUAUAAAAGGAAGGUAG